GCUAUUCCUUAUUGCAGAUAUAUUGCUCGUCACUCGAUUGAUAUUUUCCAUUUCUCUUAACAAGAAGAGACCAUUAUAUUUUCCCUGGAAAUCAUCCCAAAGAUGAGCUGGUGGUGGGCUGGAGCUAUUGGCGCUGCCAGGAAAAGGUUUGAAGAAGAAGGUGAUGUUGAUGCGCCACUGAAGCCCCACAGCGUGGCUCUGAUCGUGGGCGUCACCGGGAUCGUUGGCAACAGCCUCGCCGAGAUCCUCCCUCUCGCCGACACCCCCGGCGGCCCCUGGAAGGUUUACGGCGUCGCUCGCCGUCCAAGACCCCCCUGGAACGCCGACCACCCUAUCGAGUAUAUCCAGUGCGAUAUUUCCGACGAGGAAGAUGCCAAUUCCAAGCUGUCUAUGCUGAGUGAUGUCACGCAUGUUUUUUACGUGACGUGGGCGAACCGGCCCACGGAACUGGAAAACUGUGAAGUGAACGGGAAAAUGUUGAGGAACGUGUUGAAUGCGGUAAUCCCAAAUUCUCCAGAUUUGAACCAUAUCUGCCUGCAAACGGGGAAGAAACACUAUUACGGCGCGUUUGAAGUGUUCGGAAAAAUAGCCCACGAAACUCCCCACCACGAGGAUUUGCCCAGAUUGGAAAAAUCUCCCAAUUUUUACUACACUCUCGAAGAUAUUCUGUUCGAAAAGGUGAAGAACAAGGAGGGAUUAACAUGGUCGGUCCACCGGCCGGGAUUAAUCCACGGGUUCUCCCCGUACAGCCUGAUGAACGCCGUCGGAACCCUCUGCGUCUACGCCGCCAUUUGUAACCACGAGGGCACCCCUCUGAGAUUUCCCGGCGGGCUAAAAGCCGCUUGGGACGGCUACUCCAAUUGCUCCGACGCGGAUUUGAUUGCAGAGCAAGAAAUCUGGGCAGCAGUGGACCCAUCCGCCAAGAAUGAAGCUUUCAACGUCAGCAAUGGAGAUGUGUUCAAAUGGAAGCAUUUCUGGGAGAUUUUAGCCCAGAAGUUUGAAGUGGAGGCUGCAGAAUUUGAGGAGAAAGCGCCGAGUCUGGAGGUGAUGAUGAAGGAGAAAGGGCCUGUUUGGGACGAGAUUGUGAGGGAAAAUAGGUUGUUGCCUACGAAAUUGGAGGAUGUGGGUCAAUGGUGGUUUAUGGAUGUUGUGUUGGGUGCAGAAUGUCCCCUGGAUAAUAUGAACAAGAGCAAAGAACAUGGGUUUCUGGGGUUUAGGAACUCCGAGAAAGCCUUCGUUUCAUGGAUUGAUAAGGUGAAAGCUCAUAGGAUUGUUCCUUGAGACUUUUAGAUUGGGCUGUGUAGCUACAAAUAAGAUGGGUUUAUAAUUAACCUACAAUAAAAUAUUUGGAAUGUUCCAUGUUUGACGAUUCUCAAUGAGUAGUCAUGCUUGACAGGUAUAGUAGGCUGAUUAUAUUGUGCAAUUCACUACUUAUUUCUAUAGUAAUUUUACAAGCA